AUGGCGCAACAUAACCUCAUAGAGGCUCUAAAAGACUUGGUGGAUACUAUUGCAACCUCAUAUGCUGAUCUGUUGGGAGAGCAGCUUACUGAUGAACAUCGUCAAAGGUGUUCACGAGUGUGCAACGAUACCAUUGAGUACUUCAACACAAUAUUACUGGAUCCUGGGACAACAAUUCAAGUGAGACGAACACACAUCAACCAACUUAACUGGUUUGCCGAUCAGUUCUCCAGACUCGGUAACCAAGUAGUUGGUGGAGACCUCAACCAAGGAGUUAAAUGGCAGAACCUGGAGAAUGCUUUCGCUGGUAACAUCCAGACUGGAUGUGUCAUCAACCAACGUCACAAAGAUCCAGCAUCAUUUCUCCAGGCCUCACGGGACAUCAUCAUCAACAAGGUACAGAGUGUCUUGAGAGAUCUGGCAGGGCUGAAAGUGAAUGUGGAAUUCUUCUGCACAUUCCGGAAACAUCAACAAGACAUAGAAGAACGAAAAUCUUUCAUCACCAAAAGCCGUGAGAUUCUCCCUGCCACAUCUCUUCAGGAUUGGUACACUGAGCAUGUGUAUGAGAAGUUGAAGCAGCGAAUUGAAGAUUUUGAACAUGAGGGUUCCGGAUGGAGUCUGCUUGGACUGAACAGCUUGAUGUCGAAAAUACCAACGAUUCAUUUAUUAAUGAUUAAAAAAAGUGUUAAUUACACUAAUAAUUUAGAUAAUAUUGAGUCUGUCUAUCACUUUGCAUGGAUACAUAAUCUUUCUGGAUUAAUUACAAGUCAAAUAUCUCUAGGUAGACAUAAAUUGUACUUUUGUGAUCGGUGUUUGAAUCAUUUUAAACUAGAAAAA